CGUACAUCCAGUCACAACGGGACCCUUAUUAAGUUCUCAGUAGCGAGCGUGAGUAGGCUAGUGGAAAGGAAAAGGAAAUAGAAGAGGAUAAGUCUGUGUUAGCAAAGUGUACAGAAAUCUAAGCGUAUCUAAGUGUGCGGAGUAAACUGUCUAACUGUGAGGGAGAAUCAAGGAGGGCCUGAAAUAAGUGAUACAAAACAGAACAGGUCAAAAGAAGAAGAAGAAGAAGAAGAAGGCUCAAGAGGGGUUGUGUGAGGGUGGGCGUGUCUGGUGAGUGAUAAGAGCCCAGACCAGGACCAAGAGGAAGAGCAAAAGCAACGGGACAGUACCGAAGUGAAGAUUGUGCCUGGGGAGAUUGGAAAUUUUAUCGUCUACAGUACUACCACUCACUUGAGAGGAGGUACAUAUUCACCGCCAGAAAUUUUCGUACGCUGCAGGACUGCUGCAGCAGAACACACUUGGCACAACCGAGUGCUGGGCUGUGGCCGCGGCGCCGGUGCACAGCAUGCGACGAGAGGCUGUGAGGGCGCCUCUACACGCUGCUCAGCCGCAAGGUACAGCUGACAAAGAAUAUUGGUGGGUGGCCAUGGUGAGGCGUCACAGUCACACAAAUCGAGAGUCUCGCGCGAAAAUGUCACAGUGAAGCCUGGCGAGAGUGCCCCGGAGAGUUAUCCAGUUCGGUCCGGUCUGCGGUAUUUACGUGACUCAAGGAACGUUCGUCGUGCUGUGUGUAAAGACUCCAGGGGCUCUGCGGGUAUUGGACCAGACAGCGUUGCAGCUUGCCAUCCCUCAAGAAAGCCCAAACACGUCACUAAGAGCAGGACAUGGAAAGGAGAUGAGGUGCCCGGGGUUACCACUACACAAACAAUGCUGUGAGACGCAGUGCUCCGGCGAGACAGAUUAUGAAGACAUUGAGGCGAGAUCAGUUCCAUAAAAGAGGUCUCCACUUUAAGAAAGAAGCCACUCUUCAUCCGUGUGUUGAACACUCUGAAGGGUGGUGGUGGUUGUCGAGCAAGAUAAAUGGUGGGCGUGUGGACAGCUCUGCAUGGCGUGGACGCGAUCGUGGCGGCGGUGGCAGCGGUGGGCGUGUGUCGGGGCAGCGGUGGUGGUGGGCGCCUGGCUGCUGCUGGCUGCCCCGUGUGCACUGCUGACCUGCCCACCGCGUGAUCCAGAGGAAGCCACCGCCGCCACUCAACAUCCUCAUGCAGACAGGGAAGCCGCCCUACUUGCAUGCUCAACUCUGUCUUUCGUGCCUGCGGACCACCAUCAGCAGCAGCCCCAGGGCACCCCACAGCUGGGUAACAGCAGUCCGUAUGCAGUGUUGCAUGACUGGCUUCCGGCCUCACGUACCUUUGGCCUCAAUGAGUCAGUCACAUACACAACACACACCACCCCUGAAAUGAUCAGCCAUGUCGGAGAGCUAGCAGCCCGCUGGUCGGGGCCUCUCUCUGUGGCCGUAUUUGUUCCUCAUACAGACUUCUGCCUGGCUGCUGCUCGAGUGUCUUACCUCCGCGCCUGUGGUCGUGCCGAGGUGAGGGAGCAGGUCUCGUGGCACUUCUUCUGGCCCCGUGACUCUCCUCCAGCAGCAGACUGGCACUUGGUUGUGGAUGAGAAGACGUGUGAUUGCAAUGCAGCGGAGAGUACUGCAUCAAUUAAGAGCUUCCGCACAGAUGAAGGCCUCCCUUAUCCUGUCAAUGUGGCCCGUAACGUUGCUCGCUCAGCAGCGCCUACUUGGUAUGUGCUGCCCUCAGAUGUGGAGCUCUACCCAUCAGAGGGAUUGGCCCAGCAGUUCCUAAACAUGAUAUCACGUAUGGCAGAGGGACUUGAGGUACGGGCAGCCUCUGUGUGGCCUCGAGUGUAUGUGGUACCAGUGUUUGAGGUGGCCAGCGUUGUGCCAGCAAGCAAGGAGGAGCUGCUUCAACAGUACCACCACCAUGAUGCCGUCUACUUUCACCGCCACGUGUGUGCUCACUGCCAGCGUUUUCCUGCCAUUGCCGAGUGGGUUAUGCACCCCGGUACACCAGGUACUGUAAAGACCUUCUCUGUUGUGAAGCGCGAGUUCCCCUACCACCGCUGGGAGCCCAUCUACAUAUGCACCAAACAAGAACCGCUCUAUGAUGAAAGGCUGUCCUGGGAGGGGCUCCAGGAUAAGAUGACUCAGAUGCAUGAGCUGUGUCUUCAGGAGUACCACUUGGUGAUCCUGGACAGGGCCUUUCUAGUCCACGCACCUGGCAUUAAGCGUAGAAACAAGGGUAAGAGCAAGGAUGAGGCAUGGCGGGAACCCUUCGUAAACAAAAACUCCAAAGUCUAUGAUGAGAUCAUGGAAGAAAUGCAAAAGAAGUACGGCCACAGUGAAAAAUGCCGCCGCCACUGACCACUCAGCGUCGCCAUAAGACUGAUGCUUCCUAUGAUGGACUUAAUGCAAUACAGAGUGACAAGAUUAUUUUUCCACUAUAUGUGAUGAAAUUAAUGCGGGUAACAGAGGUGCUUAACCUAUGGUGUUGUGCUCAGUUUCUGAACUUCACAUGCAAUGGCUUUUCCUAAUAAUCUUAGGUAUUACUUUCCGAUUGUGACGUUCUCUCAGCAUCCCAUAAUCACCAAGCAAGUUAUAUCAAUACUCAUGACACAUCAAACCAUGAUUUUGUUAUCAAUGAAAGGCAACUACAUGGAGAACUAAAGAUGUAUGUCUUUGCCUGAUGUUGCACUUCUGUUACAACCCUGAAGUCCCUGUAAAAUGUGCCCAUUGUGCAUCGGUUGCUUGUGCUGGUGGUGACUUGUUCCACGUUAAGUUUGAUUAAUAUUUAGCACAUGGAUAUAUUAAGAUUAAUAAUUUUCUAUCACUUGUUAAUUGAUGUUUCCUUCUGAAAUCACACAUCAUUCCACCCAGCAUCCCAUCCAUUAUUUUUCUAUUGUUCUAAAACUGGUUUCAUAUAUCCAUUAACACUUUCAUGCGAUGCCUACACUACUUAAGGAUACAAAAUAAUUUAAUGUGAAUCACCCUCUUUUCCACAAGAGGAGACCUUUCUGGUGAAAAAUAUGAGUAAUAAUACAUUUCCUUUGUUGGCACUUGGGAAGGGAAUAAUUGUUGAGAGCAUGUAUUUUAAUAUAAAAGGACACCAUACUUAAGGUCUCGUAUCCUUUCAGCUCACUACAAGCCCCUGUUCUAUCUUAAUUGACGAAUGUGCACUGCCACUAUCACCGUCAUAAUCCCAUACAAAGUUAUCUCCUUUUUAUGCCGAGUACCUGCAAAAGGAUUGGGUCAUUAAAGCUUUAGAUUAGGAAAAAUUUUAAAGUUUCUUCCAACAUGCUAAAACAUGAAGCUAACAUUUCUAAAGUUAAGCAGUCUAGUUGCUAUGAGCAGACAUUAGUUUAGCCUCCCACUCUGGGAUGAAAUUAUCCAUUGCAACAUUAGUAACUGCAGCUUAAAUUAGGUACUGAUUAUCCAUUUCAUCUUAGAGUAGAGGUGAUACCAAAACUUACUGGCUUGAGGCAAUAGAGUGCACAGCCACAUGGCUCCACUAAACUUAUUGUACCACACAAAGUGCACCUUCUAUGAAAGGUUCAUUAGCAUCUGCAUAGUUAAUCUGAUAAGUGACAACUAGACAGCAUGUUGGCAUUAUUUGUCAAGUGACCUUAGAAUCAUCGCACAAGGCUGUUAUGUAUGUAGAUAGAGCAAAUUGCAUGGCAAGAUGCAGCUGACACUCAUCACUCCUAUCAGUCUUCUCUUUAUCACAAAUUUAACGUUUCUCUUGGAAGCCUUUUACAUCAUGCCACUGCAGUACCUUAGGUUAAAGUGUUACCAAGUCUCAACGAAAUAGAAUUAACAAGUUAG